GAUAAGAUGACCACUUCAAGUUUCCCGUAUUUUAUAUAAAGUUGUAAAGAGCCUCAGCGUGACUUGUAGUGUGCCAGCAGAUAAUCGUAUCGGUUGAAGAAAUUCAAGUGCAAAAGUAUUUCACAAUGAAAGGAAUCGUAAUUUUCCUGCUGGUAAUCGCAACCACCCUCGCGCUCGAUUACCCCCGCGAGUGCCCAUCAGCAGCGGAAGAAGAUCCCUGGCAUCCCGUCCAUCUACCGCACCCAACCGAUUGCAGCAAAUUUUACAAAUGCUUCAAAGGACAAAAGCACGAGAAAGUUUGCCCCGCCAGCUUGCACUGGAACAUCAAACGGGACUACUGUGACUAUCCGGAAGAGGCAAAAUGUGUGCGGCCGUUGCCGGAUUUCUAGUGUCGGAAUUUCUUUUGGUUCUACAAUUUAAAGUGACUCGAAUAAAGAUUUGUGUUGGAUAAUUGA